GGUCUGAGGCCGAGCAAUACCGACAGCAGCAGAGCAGCCAUGUUCCGCACCGUUCUGGUGGUCGCCCUGGCGGCGGUGGCAGCCGCUCAUAACCACGGCCACGGCCACGGCCAUGGCCUCGGGCAGAUCAUCGUUCGGCCCAACCCGUAUGGCGCUGUGCUCGGAGGCCUGCUGAGUCCCAGCCACUAUAGCGCGGCCAUCCAGCUGGUGCAGAGGCGUUAUAGCAGUCUGCCCGGCCUGCCGGCUGCCUACAUCAUCCGCUACAUCCUCAGUCAACAGCAGCUGCCCAUCUACAGCCAGAUCAAGUACCACAGCAUCCCGGCCCUGUCUGGCCGCCUGGUGUUCUUGAGGGCUGUGUUCGGGGCUCUGCCGUCUCCGUUCUACCAAGGUUCUUACCUCAGCGGACUGAGAUCGUACCUGGGCAGAUACAAGUACCCGCACUGGGGCGGUGUCAUCGUGCCUCUGGCUCUCCUCGACAUCCGCCUGGCCGCACAGCAGUACCGCCCCGUGUCCGUGUCCAGCUUCAACACCUUCUUCAGCACACGUGUGCUGGGCUUCCAUGGUCACCACUUUGGAGCCAUUCCAGCCGUCGGCUCCCUGCACUCGACCUUCAACAGGCUGUCGCUACCCGCUUAUCCCGCCGUCUUCCAAUCCAUCAGAGCCUCCAUCGCCACUCCCACAUACACGGGUGCCAGUCUGCUGCCCGUGCUCUCCGGUAUCGGCUUGCCGCGCUUCUAUCAGCCUCAAGCCUCGCUCGGAGGACUGAGUGCCUAUCUGCGCCACGCCGGAAUCGUGCAGCGUAAUUUCAUCAGGCAAAUCAGCAGGAUCACCCGCAACACCAUCAGAAGGUUGAUCCACCCGUUCGUGAAGCAGUAUUCGGGGGCGAUCCGCUCGGACCUGCUGUCCCUGGCUGCUGUCCGGUACCUCACCCUGCCGCAAGCCAUCCGGUCUAGGUUGUCGUUCCAGUCAGUCUUCCCCAGCUACUACAGAGCUCAUGUCAAGGCUUCUCCGAGAAGGCUCAGCUCCAGCUACGUCUCCAGCUACCUGAGCGGCUUCAGUCGGCACGUCUUUAGGCGCCACCCGAAGUACUCUGGCAAGCGCUGGUGGUAGACAACGGCAAGACUUGACAGGUCAACGACCAUGUCGGCCGAACAGAUGAAUACCUGUUUCGGUUUCUGUGCGGACUACCAUUCGGUCAAAUUUGCAAUGAAAACUGGCGUCUUGUCUACUGCUCUGCACGGUUGUCGGAAAAUACAUAUUUACCCGUUAUGCUA